AUGGGUAAGCAUAGGAAGAGAGAUUCUGAUUCUGACGAUGAAACUCCAUCUUCUGCAUCGUCGUCGUCUUCCUUCUAUAGCUCAGAUGAGUCUGAUUCGUCUUCUAGGCGGAGGAAGAAGCGAAGGGAGCGGCGGAAAAGUGACGGAAGUUAUGAGAGAGAGAAGCGGAGGAAGAGAGAGAAGGAAAAGAAGAGGAAGAAGAUGGAGAGGAGGGAGAGGAAGAGGAGAGAUAGGAAGAAGAGGACGUCGAGGAAGCGUGAAUAUGAGUCCAAUACUGAGUCCAUGUCUGAUCAGGAGAGUUCACGGGAUGAGCCUGAAACUGUGGUUAAGGAGAUGCUCAUUGAGUUCCCUAAUGUUGGCAAUGAUCUGAAACAGCUUUUGAAAAUGAUAGAUGCUGGCCAAGCGGUUGAUAUUAAGGGUAUUUCGGAGAGUGUUUUGAAGAAGAGGUUGAAGAAGCUGUUUCUGUCUUUGAAGUUGAAGGAACGUGGGGAUAGAGUCUUUUUAUUACCACCUGGUGCGUCUCCUUCUUUAGAUAUGGUGGGACAUCUUAUUAAAGGCGGCGAAGAAGAAGAAGUUGAGAAAACUGAAGCAGCUACUGGGAAUGAUGGGGCAAAAAAGGAUUUGGCAGAUGAGAACAAUCUGGGAUCAAAUUCAGCUGAUGAUGUUGCUGGUCCAAAGAAAAGGGUGAUUGGACCUGCAAUGCCAUCGGCUGAGCUACUUGCUGCGGCAGCAAAGCUAACAGAAGCUCAAGCCGAACUCAGAGAAGCUGAGGCUGCUGAGCUAGAAGAAGAUUCAGAAUAUUUUAUAGGACCUGCUCCACCAGCUGUUGUUGCAGAAGUAGCAUCAUCGAAUGAGGCAGAGCGAUUCGAAGAGGUGACACGGAUCAUGGAAGCUGAUGCUGAUAGUCCAUACGACGUUUUGGGAGUAAACCACAAUAUGUCUGCGGAUAACAUGAAGAAGAGGUACUGGAAGCUGUCUCUUUUAGUUCACCCAGACAAAUGCUCUCAUCCGCAAGCCCAGGAGGCUUUCGUUUUAUUGAAUAAAGCUUUCAAGGAAUUACAAGAUCCAGAAAAGCGAAAAGCUAUGGAUGACAAGAUUAAACUCAAGGAGGAACAAGAGGCUUUUAAGGUUGAAUUACGCUCGAUGCAAGAAGCAGCACAAUGGAGAAGAUCACAAGGCAUAUCAAUGGAAGGUGAUGCAGAGUUGUUAGCGGCAACGGAGGUUAAACCUGUACCUAAAAGAGAUGAGUGGAUGACCACCCUUCCUCCCGAAAGAAAGGUUGGAGUGCCUGUGCAGCAAUCAACCACGACAUUUAGCAGAAAUGCGAGAGAAGGACGCGGAGACACUACUGCCUGGACUGAUACUCCUAUGGACAAAGCUGAAAGAGCAAAGAUGAAUUACUUAGAGGCAUACAACAAGGCGAAUGCGCUUGCUUCAAACGAAGUUAACAACAUGAAUAGAACCCUAGAUGCCGAGCUUGUGGACAAGUACAACAAAGAGAAACGAUCAAAGUCUCUGGUAGAUAAGCACAGGGAAGAGUCUUCUUCAAGCCGUCUGAAGAAGAAGAAGAAAUUGUCUUUGUCAUCCAAAGAGAAAGCCGAGAAGGACGAGUGGGUUGGAAAUCAUCCGUGGAAGCCGUGGGAUCGUGAGAACGACCUCACUGCCGGGAGACAGAAGGUGAAACUCGAUGCUGAGGGUAUGGCUGAAGGUUUGGCUUCCAAGUUUUCUUCUGGGAACUUCCAAAGAAGCUUUCUUUAA